AUGGGCCUCUCCGUCGCGGCCCGGCUGUGGGGUGCCCCGGGGCUGCUCCUGGCCCUGGCCCUGACCCUGACCCUGCACUGGGCGGUCGCUCUGCACCCACCUGGGGACUACUGCGUGCUGGGCGCUGGGCCCGCCGGCCUGCAGAUGGCGUACUUCCUGCAGCGUGCUGGGCGCAACUACGUGGUGUUCGAGCGCAGCUCGGGCCCCGGCAGCUUUUUUGCUCGCUACCCGCGCCACCGCAAGCUCAUCAGCAUCAACAAGAGGUACACGGGCAAUGCCAAUGCCGAGUUCAACCUGCGCCACGACUGGAACUCCCUGCUAAGCCACGACCCCCAGCUGCUCUUCCGACACUACUCACAGGCUUACUUCCCCGACGCCAGCGACAUGGUGCGCUAUCUGCACGACUUCGCAGACCGUCUGCGCCUCCAUGUGCUGUACAACACUGCCAUUGCCCACGUCACUCUGGACAAGGAUGGACAGGCCUGGAAUGGCCACUACUUUGUGCUGAUGGACCAGAAGGGCCAAACAUAUAGAUGCAGUGUCCUGCUUGUCGCCACUGGUUUGUCUGUCCCCAACCAUGUUGACUUCCCUGGCUCCGAAUACGUGGAGAGUUACGAGUCUGUGUCCAUCAACCCUGAGGACUUUGAGGGUCAGAACGUGCUGAUCCUGGGCCGUGGGAACUCAGCCUUUGAGACCGCAGAGAACAUCUUGGGCGUCACUAAUUUCAUCCACAUGCUGAGCCGCUCCCGGGUCCGGCUCUCUUGGGCCACCCACUACGUGGGUGACCUCAGAGCCAUCAACAACGGUCUCCUGGACACCUACCAACUCAAGUCCCUGGACGGGUUGCUCGAGUCUGCCCUGGAGGACCUAGCCAUUGUGAAGGACCAGCAGGGCAAACUCCACGUCACUCUGAAGUUCCUCCUGGAAGAAGCCAAGCAGAGGGCCCAGGCGGUGCAGCUCCCUGAGGACGACAAUGACAACUUCGCCCUGCGCGUGGCCUACGACCGGGUCAUCAGCUGCCUGGGCUGGAAUUUCAACUUCUCCAUAUUCAACAGCUCCCUCAGACUUUCCUCCGGGAGUGCAUUCGGCAAAAAGUACCCACUAAUCAAAGCUAGUUACGAGUCCAAAGGAACCCGGGGCCUCUUCGUCCUGGGCACUGCCAGUCAUUCUGUGGACUACCGGAAAUCCGCAGGGGGCUUCAUCCAUGGAUUUCGAUACACAGUGCGUGCUGUCCACCGGCUCCUGGAAUACCGCCACCACCAGAUUGCCUGGCCCUCCACCAAGCACCCCAUCACCCAGCUGACCAAUGCCAUCAUCCGGCGCGUGAACGAGGCCUCGGGGCUCUACCAGAUGUUUGGUGUACUGGCUGACAUCAUCCUACUGAAUGAGAAUGCCACAGCAUUCGAGUACCUGGAAGAGUUCCCCAUGCAGAUUCUGGCCCAGCUGGAGACCCUUACAGGCAGGAAGGUGAGGCGUGGGCUGUUCGUUGUCAGCAUGGAAUACGGCAAGAAUUACUCUGGACCUGACAAAGACGUCUUCUUCCACGGCCGGUCGGUGGGCCACAUGAGAGACGCAUGGCAGUCUAACUUCCUCCAUCCUGUCAUCUAUUACUACAGACAGCUCCCCACAGAGCAGGAGGUGAGGUUCCGCCCCGCAGACUGGCUGCUGCCUCGGCCCACAGCCAUCCACCACAUCGUGGAAGACUUCUUGACAGAGUGGACCGCCCCGGUCGGACACAUUCUCCCUCUGAGGCGCUUCCUGGAGAACUGUUUGGACACGGAUUUACGAAACUUCUAUGCAGAGUCCUGCUUCCUGUUUGCCCUGACACGCCAGAAGCUGCCACCCUCCUGCCAGCAGGGUUACCUGAGGAUGCGGGGGCUGGUAGGGACCGAGCACCUCCGGCGGCAUGGUGUGGAGAGCGGGCUCCUGAGGGACUAUACCACCAUGGGCCAACCUAGCAGCCAGGGACCAGCGGGGCAGCCCCAGGACAACAUGAAGCAUGAGCUCUGA